AUGAAGUGGCAUCACUCCAAUUAUUUUAUCAUUCAAGGUAAUAUUGCAAUGGUUACUAUAGCCGAGGAGUUCAAAGUUAUCGAAUUCUUGGGGUCUGGAGGGUUCGGAAAUGUAAGUUAUGAAUUAUAAUAAAUAAGACAAUUUUUAAAACGUGAUCGGAGAUUGUAACUUUGUGUGUAGUCCAUUGUUUUUUAGGUUUAUGUGGUCCGGAAGCGUAGUGGUUAUGAUAAGAAGAGAAAGUACGCGUUAAAGGAGAUUUCCAAAGACAAAGUAAUGGACUCCAAGAUAAAUAUGGCCGGCAUGAAAGUUGAGAGGAAUGUUAUGAUGAAAGCAGACUCACCGUUCAUCGUCAAACUAUACUACGCUUAUCAGACUCCAACCACUUUAAAUUUGGUCAUGGAUUAUAUCAGAGGAUGUGAUUUUUAUUGUUUUAUGGAGAGAAUGGGGAUUCUUGGAGAAAACUUUAGCGUCCAUUUGGUUAGAUUUUAUACGAGCGAGAUGAUUCUGGCAUUAGAAUAUCUUCAUGAAAAUCUGAUCAUCUUCAGGGAUCUAAAGCCGGAGAACAUUAUGGUAGAAAGGAACGGUAAGAAACUUUAUAAUAAAUGGCGGAGAGAAACGUACCAUUUUAUUCUAGGGCACAUAAAGCUGAUUGACUUUGGUCACUCCAGGAUACUUGAUGAGAAUACCAUUAAAGUUUAUACAUCAGCUGGCACCCCUGGUUAUAAGGCUCCCGAAUUAAACAAUAAUCAAAAUGGAUAUUCGAAAUCCGUGGAUUGGUGGGCAAUGGGGAUUAUAAUGUACGAGAUGAUCUAUGAAAGACAACCAUUCGAUUACCAUGAUGAGAAUGUGGAUGAGAAGGUUGUUUCAGAAAUUGUAAUUUCAUUCAUUUUCUUUAACUUCAGUACCUCACACAAGAAAUUCCCUUUCCUACCAAGCCCAUCGAUCCUCAAAUGAACCAUCUUCUCUGCCAAUUACUCCAAAAAACUCCAGAAGAUCGUAUUGAUGGCUUUAGCCAACUUCAGAAUCACCCUUUCUUCUCACGCACAAAUUGGAAGACGAUUCAGAAACGGCGGGUGAGGAUUGCGAUAUUACGUAGCGUGUUCGAUUACUGAGUUGGUGGAAAACAAUUAUUCAAAUUGAUUUCAGAUACCGCCGCCUCUUCCUUUCCCCCUCUCCAGGAUCAUGGAAAUGGAUUUAUUUCCUCAGGAUCCAAUUAAGAUGUCUUCCGAUAUUAACCAUGGCAUCUUCGAGGACUUUGAUUACACUUCUCCAAUGAUUGGAAAGAGGGGCACAAAAAGGUCUCAUGAUUGA